UGUGGGUUCGUCACCAGUUGUGCGCUGGCCAUCGUAGGGUGAGGGCGAGUAUCACGGAUUUCCUUCAACAUGCUGCGACUUCUUCUUUUGGUGGCGCUGUGUGGCGUGGGGUUGGUGGGGGCGGCGCCCCAGCAGGUCGAGGUCUUCGACUACAGGGCGAUCGUCAAGACAGGCGUACAGAACCCGCGCCAGGUCUUCGCUGGAACCAGGAUGUAUUUGUCUGUCGAAGUCAGCCGCAAGUCUGACCAGUCAGCCAAAGUCACGAUCGUCAAGAAGAAUGUGGAGCUGUUCAACAGAGAAGAGCUGCUGGGAGAGCGGCAACCUCUGGAGCCGUCCUACAGGAGGCACUCGGUCGCAGCUCCGUCCGGCGGCGACGAUGUCACUUCCAUUGAAGGAAGCUUCACUGCUUUGCUCAACCAGGAGUCCGGGACUGUGAUGAAGCUGGACAGCCCUCGGGAGCUGUGGGUUACGAACCUCUGGAAGGGCAUCAUGAACAUGCUCAGGGUGCCGCCCUACCUCGGCGACAGGAGCUUCGUGGACCUCGAGCGCAACGUCUUGCACGCUGCGUCCGAGAUGAGCACCUCGACGGCCUCCCAGAACCUUGCUUACUUCAAGACCGAAGACACCUUCGCCGGCCGCUGCAACGUCAGCUACUCGAUGAACCCCGACUUCGCUGCAGGAGAGUUCCCGGGAUCUCCUUCCAACGUCCUGCCUGCAGACCCCACCAAGUACUACAGGCUGCAUCGCGCCAUCGACUUCGACUCCUGCUCAGACGCCGUGUCCAUGCACAAGACCUCCUUCGGGAACUUCUCUAAGGCGCACCGAAGUCAGUUCGAGGAGGUGCAGACUAGAAGCGCCGUUUCUGACUACCUGCUCUUCGACCGCGGCGACGGCUUCUUCGAUAUCAAAGGCGUCAUGCAAGUUGGCAACCAAUUCGUCAGGCCCUUCGGCAUGGACUCCGGCCGUAUCCUCCUUCUGACCAAUCAGACCUUGACCCUGCAGAAAGUGACCCCAGGAGGUGGGUCAGCCCACAUCAUGACCCCCGAAGACAGGUCAACCCACCGCCGAGUCCAUGCGAGGAGUGAGGACGGUGAGCGCACGGAGAUCAAGACGUGGAAGUGCGAACUGCGGUCACCCGCCGCCCCACGCGACGACUCCAAGGUCGACUGGAUCGACUACGUCUCAAAGGGACCUCUCGCAACGUUCUACCCUGAGUGGGCCAUCUUGGGCAGAAGCGUCAAGAAUGAAGAUGAGAACAAGAAAGCCACCCAGGACAUCCUGAACGAACUUGCUACUUCUGAAUUCGAGGACAACAAAAUCUUCGACAAGAAAUACAACGGCACCACCGACGGCAGGCUGGCGGAGCAACUGAACCGCGUUGCUCGCACCGUCCGAACUCUCACCUACGAUAGCAUCAGGAAGCUCCUCAAGGAUAAUCCCAAGGAUGCUAAGGACAGGGCCAGUCGCGCCAAGAGACAAUGCCUGCUGGACGCUUUGGUCGCGUCUGGAUCAGCUCCAGCUCUGAAGGCCGUCCUGGACGAGGCUAAAGACGGCCAUAUCGACAACAUAAGAAUGGGUGGUCUCAUGACGGGCAUGGUCAACAACAUCUACGAUUCCGAGCCUGUCAAGGAUAUUAUGGAAUACGUGAAGACCUUGGAGCCCUCGAAGAGCCCUUACCUGGCUAGUCAGGCUCACCUCAACUUCGCGAUGCUGGCACAGCGCGUGUGCACGCGGUCAGACGUCAAGCGCUACGCGGUGCCCAACUCCUACAUCGGCAACAAGGCCUGCGAUAAGACCAUCAUCGAGGACGGCUUUGUCAAGCACCUCGAGGACAGGAUCAAGAGCGCGACAAGCGUAUGGGAGCAGAUGAUGUACACCCAGACUCUGGGCACCCUAAGCCUCGAGAGCACCAUACCCUUCCUUAAGGAUGUCUGCCUCGGCAAGAUUAAGAACAAUAUCCACCUUAGGAUGGCCGCUAUCCAUUCCCUCGCCCACAACUUCAUGCAGAAGCCUCUCAAGAAUCGCGUUGAAACGGUGCUGCUGGCGCUUGCUGAGUCCCACGCUGAUGACUUCCGCAUCCGAGAGGCCGCCUUCAUCAGCCUCAUGACCCUGGAACCCAACGCCACCAUGAUCGAGCGCUUCGCCCAGAACUCGUGGAGAGACCCAUCAUCUCACAUGCAGUCCCUCAUCACCUCAACCCUCAUCGCCCUCGCCGAGUCGGACAGUCCGUCUAUGCAGAGGCAGAGCAACAUAGCAAGAAAGUUCCUGCCGAAGGUGAAGCCUGUUCAGCCGUCAGUCCGGAACUCCGUGCAUUUCCUCGUCAAGACCAGAGUUCCAGACUACAAGGUGGACGUCGAACAAACGAUCUCAUGGCUGACCAAGUACCGUUCGCCCAUCGCGGCGCCCCAGCAGCUCUUCGCGGCCUACGAUGGCGACUUCGGAGGCAUCGUUGUGCCCCUCAUGGAGACGUUUUCCAUGCUCGACUCAAACCAAAUCCGAGGACUGGCGGCGUCCGCGAACGGCAGCAAAGUUGGUCCGAUCCACCAGGAGCUCGACCAGCUCGCGAACUCCUUGGAGCUGGAGAAGAGUUCAAGUGAUAAAGAUAUCUACGUGUACAUGAGUGGCUUCAACUACCAAGGCUUCAUGGCCUACAACAGCAAGAAAGACGCUCCGAUGAUUCAGAAUUUCCUGAAGGAGAAAGCAACCAAGGAAAAGAAGCCUUUCAUGCCUGAACAGAUGGUCAAGUAUUUCAACCCCGUGGACAUCACCAGCAUCAUGCCCACUCCUGUCGGUCUUCAUGUCAUCACUCAAGUCCAGGCCCCCAACCACUACAUGUGGGACUGCGACUACACGUUGGACUUCGUCAAGGAUGAACUGGGCAACUCAAUUGCCAACCUCACCAUUGAUGGCAUCAACAAGAUGACGACGAAGACCCAAACUUUCAUGAGCGUCCUCAUCCCGUGGGAGGAGAAGGCCAUCAGCGCAGGAUUCGACACCGAGGCCACCAUUGCCGUCCCUGGCAAGCUUAGUGUAACUUACAACGACACUUAUCCCUUCACCAUCCUCAGACAUGAGGUGUCACCUAACUUCCGUGGAGAGCAACCAGUUCUGUACUGGCGCAGCAAGCCUAUGUCGAUGGUUCGAUCAAUGGAUCCGACGGUUGACCGCACUAUCGAGACCAACAUCCUCACCCCCGUGGGCAACAAAACUAAUUCGUACCAAACAAAAAUUGACGUGCCAAAGAAUGUCCUUGGACUGAAGGCCAAGUUGAGGUACGAUGGAGACGUCGACUUCCCAUUCCAACAGGCCAACGUUCUCGACUACCUCAGGUACCCUGAGCGGCUCGUCACUCUCCUGGCGACGCCCACGGCCCGAGACUCAACUUUGUACUUCGCCCUCGACAUCGACCAGUCGGAGACCAAGAACAUCUCCAUUGCUGUCGUGACCGAUUUCGGUUUCCUUGACAACGAUCCUGGCAUGACCGCCGAGGAACAGACUGCCAAGACUGGCCAACAUAUCGCCCGCAACUUGUCGGUGCUCAACUCCCCCGAAGUUCAGACCAGCCAGGUUCAGCGUAGGGAACUCGGAGACUUCCUUGUCUCGCUGAGCGUGAACUACACAACCCCCGGCGUGCGCACCCGUCAGUACCAGGUCGCCUUGACGGGCACCAACCAAACCAAACCCAACCCCACGGAACUGCAGCAGCUGGUCGUGCUCAACCUCAUGGCUGUCGGCAUCCCUGGCACCAACGGGGAGAGGAAGGUGUGCCUGGUCACGACGCUGAAGGAGAAGCGCCCGCCCUGCAAGCGCGACCAGUCCCCCGUCUACACCACCGCCGUCACAGACAUCUACGCGGGUGCCCAGUGCAGCGACAGCGAGAAGAUCGGUACUCUCAAGAGUGACCUCUUCCUGAGCGCGGACGAGAAGGACAUAACGCCACCCCACCGCCUCAGCUCGACCGCCCCCUGCGCCGACCACAUCACCGACCCAGCCUCGCAAACUCCAUGGAACCAGGACGCCAUAUACGACCGUCUCAAUUUCGAGCUCAAAUAUAACAAGGAGAUGCCGAGCUUCUACCGUAACCUGACGAACUGGGUGCAGGAUGUGUCAGAAGGAUACGUGUUCCCACACCUCGUCAAGAACCACGAUGCCGGCAACAACAAACCCCCCAAGGACUCAGGCAUUGUCAACGUCACCAGGAACGUCGCAAGUGGAGUGAUCGACGCGUGGGUGCACACCUACUAUGGAAUCUCGGAGGUGCAGAACUUCGCGGUGUGGCCGGUGUUCGACUGGAUGACACCCCUGUUAGGUGCACGCAUUCCUUACAAGCACCACUUCGACUCCAAGUCCCCACGAGGCGUCCUUGCCCCCUUCAGUAGCGCGGCGCAGUGCACCGUUACCGCCGAACAGGUGUCCACCUUCGACGGCGUGCAGUACUCAAAGGAGCCCUGCACCUGCUGGACGGUGGCCGCCCAAGUCUACCACGAGGACGACGCCUUCACCGUCCUCGCCCGCCGCGCCUCGCACUCUGCCGACGCCCCCGCCCAAGUCAAGAUCCUGGCGCCCGGCAUCGCUAAGCUCGAGAUGGAGGGCCAGACAGUCAAGAUCAACGACCAGACAGUGAGCGUCCCCACGGCUAUCAAGACCCCGUCAGGUCAAGUGGUGGGCAGCGUGAACGCCGUCGACAACGGCAUUCAGGUGUCGGUGCCCGGCAAGUUCAAAGUGUCCCUCCAGGAGGAGUCGACCGUACAGAUCUCCCUGCCCGAACGCUACCGCUCCAAGAUGCAGGGCCUGUGCGGUGACUACAACGCCGACUCCUCCGAGGACCUCAAGAGCCCCGCCAAAGUGGUGUUCCCCACCAACAAGGGCCAGCUCUUCGCCGCGUCUUGGAUUCCCCAGAAGGGGCAGUGCUCGGAUAACGACAUGCAGCCUCUCAUCAAAAAAGUUAAUGAGAUCGAGAGCUCCGGUCAUCGUUCCAGCUCGCGUCACUAAAGUCUUUACAUUUGAGAGAAUGAGAGAGCGAGCAAGAAAGAGAGAAAGGUAUCAAGAGAGAUAGGAUGAUUCUGCACGCUGCACAACGCCAUUCUUCACCACGGCAGUCAACUGCUGUCAACGCCCGCUCGUCGUCUGACUCACCAACACACACAACUAUCCCAUCACAACAGAUAUUUUUCCUAGUUCAACAUAGUUUACAUUACACCACAUUCUUCCACGGUUAUUAAUUCACAAAAAAAUUUAAUGCUUUAAAAUUUUUAACGCAUCAUCAAUAGAUACUUCUUGCAUUAUCUUAAGAAAACGCAAAAUUUGUUGACUGACUUUUCAAAAGUGAGAAAUUUUCUACACUUAUUUUCACAUAUUCUGUUUUUGUCGCGCUGAUUCACCUCUUAAUCUAGACAAUAUGUGCCCCACUUCUCAAACAACAAUAAAGAUUGCGACCGCUUC